UUGCCUUAACACCAGGAUCUACCAAGUUCACAUUCAUCCAGGUUUGAUGUACCAUGGCUAUGACCAGUGUCAGGUUGUUUGCCGGUGUUCUUAAAAGGCCAAAAACCUGGAUUGGACUCUGGGGUGUGCUUCAAAGGACAUCUUCACACAAACUCUGUGCUUCCUGGAAUCAAUAUUUAUACUUUUCAAGUACCAAGUUGAAGGCAUCAGGUUAUAAAACAUUUUUCCAUAAUAUUUUAUCUCUGAGACUCCCAGGACUUUCAGUAUCUCCAGAAUAUAUUUUUCCAUUUUUUAUAAGACUCAAAAGUAAUGUAAGUUCUAAAAAGUCCUCUAAAAAACUGCAAAAAGUAGAAGGUGAGGAGGACUGUGAUGAGGAGAGUGACUCUAACGAGAGAAGUGACCAAGAAGAGGAGCUUGAGGAUGACCCCACUGUGGUCAGAGACUACAAGGACCUGGAGAAGGUGGUUCAGUCAUUUCGGUACGAUGUCAUUCUGAAGUCGGGCCUGGAUAUUGGGAGGAACCAAGUGGAAGAUGCAUUCUACAAAGGUGCACUCAGACUGAAUGGGGAAAAAUUAUGGAAGAAAAGCAGAGCGGUAAAAGUGGGAGACACAUUGGAUCUUCUCAUUGGAGUGGACAAAGAAGCAGAAACAGAAGCAGUAAUGCGGAUUCUGCUAAAAAAGGUGUUUGCAGAGAAGACAGACAGUGACAAGAACCAAAUGGUGCUACGAAGGUGGAAGAACUUAAAGCUGCCUAAGAAGAAUCCAUCAAAAUGAGGGCAUUACUUUUUAGCUCUGAAGCUGCUUUUUAGUGGUAGGAGGAGAGGCCACAUAAAAAGACAUUUUUAUCAGAAUAAAAUUCUCUUACCAUUUGUGGAAUCCACUGAGCAUUCUGUGGAAACUGAGUCUCACGUCUGCAGCCCCUGGCCAGCCAGGCUUUCCAUCCCAGGGCCUGUGCCCGCACAGGCAGCAUAAGGACACUCUGCUGGUGUGGGGAACACGGGGGACCAGGCCCACUGGGGCUUCCCACCUCAACUGCCCUGCUCCUUGGUGGGCUUGUUUGCAGUGCUGGAAUGGAACCAUGGGGUUGCUGAGCUAUGCCCUCACCUUUCUGUCUUAUUUUAUUUUUUAUGUUUUUAAUACAGGGUCACU